GCGAAAAAAUAUUCUAGAAGUUAAAAAGUAAAAAGAUGGUCAUGGAGGCAUCUCCCUCUCCACAAAGUGUCGGUCGUGAGUUCGUCCGACAGUAUUAUACAUUGCUGAAUCAGGCACCUGCCCAUCUCCACAGGUUCUACAAUCAACAUUCUUCCUUCGUGCACGGCGGAUUAGAUUCUAAUCGAGAGUGUACCCCGGCGAUCGGCCAAAAACAAAUACAUCAGAAGAUUCAACAAUUGAACUUUCGCGAUUGCCAUGCCAAAAUAAGCCAAGUUGAUUCUCAGCUUACUCUUGAAAAUGGAGUCGUUGUCCAGGUAUCUGGAGAACUGUCUAACGCCGGUCAACCAAUGCGUCGAUUCACUCAGACUUUCGUAUUGGCUGUGCAAGCACCUAAAACUUACUACGUGCACAAUGAUAUCUUCCGUUAUCAAGACUUGAUAUUCCCCGAAGAGGAUGAGGCUGACGUGAGUGCUGGGGAUAGUGGUGAAAGCGGCGAAAGAGAAGUGGAGGAAAUUGGCCGAUCUGAACCUGAGGAAGAUGAACAUCAAACUCAGGCGCAGCAACUAUCAGCUCCUGCUCAACCUGCUGAGCAACCAGCUCAACCGCCUCUCAUUCCGACUCAGCAACCUCCGCUGCAGCAACAGCAGCCGAUGUAUUAUGCUGCACCACCUCAACCACAUGUUCAUACAGUAAUACAGCAAGUGCUAAACGGAGCAGUGCAUGAGGAAGUGAUUAAUCAACAAACAUCACAACAACAGCAGCAGCAGCAGCAACAGCAACAACAGCAGCCACAACAACAACCGCCGCCACCGCCUCCUGCACAGCAACAUUCAUUUAUAACCGAACCAGCUGCUCAAACCACAUUCGUACAGGAAGCAGAGCUAAGCAAUGGUGAGCAGCCACAACAGCAAAGUGAGAAUGAGCCACAGGUCCAAACAGAGGAGAGGAGUGAGCAGCCUGAGACAGAAGCAUUUACUGCAUCCGCACAAGAGACCGAACCUGAACAGGUAUCCAGCGCUACUAUCAACAGCAGCGGACCCAAGACGUAUGCUAAUUUGGUAAAGUCUUUCCCAAGCGGUCCCACUGGUGCUACUAGCCCACAAGCUCCUAAAUUAUCCAUGUCUCCACCACCUAUGACGAAUCUACGUCUGGACGACAGAUCGCCAUUGCAUCCUGCAAAUAACGGGCCGUCGUCUAUGUCUGUGUCCAAUAAUGUAUCUACGGUUCACCAACAGGCGCAUCGAGUGGGCGGAAAUCAACCACCACAACAACAGCAGCAGCAUCCUCAGCAGCAACGGGUUCCAAGAGGGGGAUUAGUUCAAAGAGAUGGAGAACGUCGUGGCACAAGAUUAGGACAAUACAGUGACGCUCAUCAAUUGUUCUUGGGUAACUUACCACACAACGCUUCUGAAAAUGAUUUGCGUCAAGUAUUCGAACGUUAUGGCAGAGUUGCUGAAUUACGCGUGCACAGUAAAUCAAAUGACAGAUGUAAAGGUCCCCAAGGUGGAAAUAAUACCGCUCGAGUACCUAAUUAUGGAUUUAUCACGUUUGAGGAUCAACAGGUUGUGACCAAGGUGUUAAACUCCUUGCCUAUCUAUUACCCUGACGAAAGUGGACAGAAAUUGAAUGUGGAAGAAAAGAAGGUAAGACCCAGGCCCAUGUUAGAUGGUAGUGGUGGCAGAUUGAAUUCAGGCGAUGGUGGCAUGCGCUCUAUGGGCGGUCAACAGCAGCAACAGCAACAGCAACGUGGACCAGGUGGACCCGGAGGUGUAAUGAGAGGUGGACAGCAUGGUGCACGAGGUGGCCGUGGAGGUUUUUCGCGAGGUGGUGACGGUGGUAGGGGUGGUGGCAUGCGACAGCCGGGUAAUCCGAGUAAUCCUGGCUAUCAAAAUCGUCGCUAAUAUCGACCACACUAUGCAACAACCCCCCUCUAAUUUCGUCUCUACUGAAUAAAGUCACCGGUACCAUACACAUCUGUCAUCUUCAUUUCAAGAAGCGGAAUUCAAGACUAUUUCAUAUUUCGCACGACCUCGUCACUGACGCCAAUCUUAUGCUUAAACGUCGCUUGCAACGUUCGUCAAGCAACAGCAACAACCGACUUUAACUGAUGUAGCUCAAAAAAGAAUCGUACGAAAUAUGAGCUCGAACAUGAAUGGCGUGCUAAUCGAAGUCUCGACCGAAGGUUGCUUCUCACACAAGACUUUGAGUUUAAUGGUGUGUGUAUUUGAAAUCAUUGGUCAGGCAGGCGAUGAUCAUUGGUUCGAAUUCGUCCUUCGUACAUCGACAAUCGGGCAAUCUCACAGGACUGCGACGCGAAGUUCUCAUAUGCAAUCAUAGACACAUACAUAUACAUACACGUGCAACCGUGCGACAAGAAGAGCAUAUAGGAGAACGUUGUUGGAGUGUGACAAAUUUUAGUGCAAACGGAAAAAGGCAACGGAACGUGAUCUGAAAUCGGGGAAAUUGUGUCGGAACUCUGUGAGGCGAUUUCAGAGCAGUGCGCAACAUUCGUCACUCCGCGCGUUUCCUCCGGUUCGCCAAAUCGCAGGACGAAAAGGCAACGGAGCGAAUUCCGGUGCACACACACAAAGCGCGCGCGCAUACAUACACACACACACACAAAUACAUACACACAACCAUACACAUAUCACAUAACCAAGCAAGAUCGAAGCGAAUGAAGGAGCGUCGCUGUGACAUGCAUAAAUCUCAUACGCUUUUGAGUCGACUCAUCAACCACUAACGAAAACGUCCCGUUGCCCCAAGGGAAGAAUCAACGUAGAUAAAAAUCUCACAGAACAAAUCGUUACGAAACGACUACAGGAUCCCAAGACUAUGUCCCGGUUGCACGCAGCAGAAAAAAUUAAUAAAAGGAAAGGCGACAGUUUCUUUUCUUCUACGAUCUUCUCCUUUAUUUAUAUUACUGAUCAUCGAUUGAUCGGUGUCGAUCGUAGACAGGACAAUGCUUCUAACCUGCAGUAACUGGUCUCGCCGUUUUCCUCGCUCCAUCCACAUGCAAUCCUGACCGCGUCACGUUGCAGUUCGGAACUUUUUGUUCGUGCCUAUCUUAUUCCUGGUCUUACCUUCCUUCCCUAUCCCUUUUCUUCUAGAAACACAUCUUUCUGCGCUACUCUGUUCUUUCUUCUAAACUCUUUCUAUUCUAGCAUCUACCUCCCUUUUCCUUCACAUACAUACUUAUUAUUACUUUCGUUAGAUAAAAUUAAUAAGGAUCGCGCACGUGCAUGGUCUGACGUUGUAUCGCCCGAUCGCUAAAUUAUCAGUUGCAUGAUAGCGUUUUCACAAGAGUCAAUAAUGUCUCCUGGUAAUCACAGAAUUCGUACUACGCCAAGCAUUAAAUGUGAGCAUUAAAACUGUAAUCGGCUCGAAGCGUGGAAAUGCGUCCAACGUAGGAACAGAACAUUUUCGUGCUAUGUGAGCAACAUCUUUUUUGGAAUAUUACGCCACUAAUUUCUUUCUAAACAAUAUUAUCUGUUCACAUUUUUUGACGAAGUACAUUCGUAUGUUGUAGACUGCUUAGAGUAUGAAGCAAAACAAGAGUUCUAGUCAGCAACGCUCACAAGCAAUACACGAGAAGAGUCCUGUGAUUAUUAGAGAUUGGGCGAUGCGUGUGUCUUCUCCUGGCCUAUCAGCCUUCAUUCCUUUACAAAACCAACGGAAUUUUGGAAGCGAAUGGAAAUUUGCGCGAUAUUGUUAUAGAAAGUAAUGUCAAGCAAAUUUUUAAUUUUCCAUUUUUAUAUUUUUGAAAAACGAAAAAGGCAUUAAAAAUUUGCGUUUGACAAUAAGUGGUGAUAAAGAGAAAGAGAGAAAUAGACAGAGAUGGAGAGAGAUAGAACGAGGCUGCGUUCGGGUAGAGCGCUAUCAUCGCUAUUUAUGUAGUGCUAUUCUUGUCUCACGUCUAAUGAACGAUGAAGAUAGAAUAACACAAAUAGCACUAAUAGCGUCUCUCCGAAUCCAACCCGAGAGAGAGGGAGAGCGAGCGAGAGAGAGAGAGAGAGAGAGAGAGAAUGAGAGAGAGAAAAUUUAGUUUGUAUUUUUCGUCGUGUGAUCAAGAUCAUCGUGGAGAUUGUUAAUGUAGAUCACGCACGAGCGCGACUCCACAUCCGUAGUAGUAGUUUGUAAUAUUGAAAUGAAAAAAGUAAAAAAAAUCUCGUCGCGAUGCCCCGCGUCUGAGACACGGCGACCGCGCCCCCUCUUCGGGGGCCCUGCCUCGAUUAACGUUAAUUUUUUUUAAGCAUGCACUCUAGGGAUUAAUAUUCGUCAUGUAGUAUUAUACGCGAUGUUAGUGUCUCGUUUAACAAGACUCGGGACAGUGACGACGUAACGAUGACGAUGACAGACUGACAAGUGACAAUGAUAUAAUGACAAUGGCGGCAAUGAUAACGCGGCCGCUCUGACGCAGACGCGGACAAAGGGAUAGGUUUCGCGUGGCUGCGAUUUGCUUUUUUUUUCGGCAAGUAAUUAAAAAUAAAUAAAAACGAACGAGCAUCUCGAAUAUGCGUUCUCGUUGUAUAACAUUUCGCAACUUUUAAGCCUAUCUUUCCGUUAUUAGGUAUUAUAAAAAAAAAGCGCUGCGUAGGAAGUAAUGAAGGUUCGACCGAAGUUUUAAAUCCUAUUCCUUUAUAAGUUAGUUUAGUAACGCGCGGAAACGUAUUUCCGAAGUUUUGUCGGUAGUUAUCACGUAAUUGGCAUACUUUAAUAUUGUUAAAAAAAUACGAAAAAAAAAAGAAAAAUUGAUCAUUAAAUCUGAACUAGAAAUAUACAGGAUGGAGCACUCAACUUUAUCACUUCUCUCUUCCUUGCGACAAAAUUUUGCGUAUGUAAUUAUGAAAGAGAGGAUUGCAAAAUUAAGAUAGAUCACUUUCAUGUCCCUUUCAUUCAAUUACAAUAAUUUUAUUGUAACAUAAAAAUUUAGGUUUACUUGGGCUACUAACAACCAUCUUCGAGAAUAUCUUUUUUUGUAUUUUCGAAACAUCAUUGUAUAAACAUAUUUAUAUCUUUACAUGAAGCCCUCUUUACCAUCCCGUAAAACAUACCAAGAGCACGUUGUGAUCGCAUUAUUCAUUACAGACUCUUUUAACACUUCGACUGAAAUUUCACCUGCAAUUUCUUGGAAACCAUGGCAUUCUGAUAAAGAUUAAGAAUUUUACCUCUCACUUCAGUCACGUUUCGAAUGACAAAUACGAAUUAAAAUAUUAUAAGAGUCAUUCGCGUUCAUAAGUGCCAUAAUUCCCAAGAAUAUAUGAAUAUCAUGCACAUAACUGUAAAAUAUAGCAGUCAAAGUGUUAAAGAAGAAAUUAAAUACUUGAAUAUAGUAUGGUGAUAUUAGAUACAGCUCAUGCUCAGUUAAGGCAAAAUUUUUGCAGUGACUUGCACUUUGUUUAGCAUAUAUAUAUAUAUAUUUAUCGCUUUAACGAGAUUUAAAUUAAUACUGCAAUGGUAAAAUGUUUCUCUUUUCACGGUAUGUGAGAAAUAAAUGUGACAUUAGAAAGAGAGAUUUCAAGACAUUUGAAGCGCCACAGCAGCUUCACAACUUUGUAUACAUAUGUAGAGCAUAUUUAAACGAAUAUUUGUAUGGCUAA